CCGCUCCCCGCGGCGGAGGGGGAGCCCUGCGCGCCGGCUCCCGCUCAGUGUCCCGGGGCCGCGGUCACCGCCUGGCACACGGCCGGCCCAUGGGGUUUCUACCUUGGUGAAGGUAUAUUGCACAGGUGUUCACUUGAGGGCUGCUUUUAGGAUGUCUGAAGAUGAAGAAAAGGUUAAACUCCGUCGAAUUGAACCUGCAAUUCAGAAAUUCAUUAAAGUGGCAAUUCCAACAGAUUUGGAAAGGUUAAGAAAACACCAAAUAAAUAUUGAGAAGUAUCAGAGAUGCAGGCUCUGGGACAGGUUGCACGAAGAGCACAUCAACGCAGGACGAACAGUUCAGCAACUCCGUGCCAACAUAAGAGAGAUGGAGAAACUCUGUUUGCGAGUCCGACAGGAAGACAUCCCAGCUCUGCAGAGAAUGAUAAAUCCUGUUAAAGAGGAAGCUUCAUUUGCCAUUAAAGACUUCCUGCAGCUGCAUUCUGAAUCUGCAGAAGAACUUAGAAGGCAACUUGAAGGACAGGAGGAUGCCUCUUUAACCAGAUCUGCAACUGUAGGAGGAGAAACUUUAUAUAACGUGGAAGUGAAGGACGGCUCCCAAAGUUUAAUCCAGAUCUACUCCCGCCUUCCGGAAAUACCUCAAGAAGAAAAUGCAGCCGAAUCCUGGGAAAGUUUAGAAGGGGACUUGAUUGAGCUCAGCCAGUUGGUGACUGAUUUUUCUCUCUUAGUCAGCUCUCAGCAGGAGAAGAUUGACAGGAUUGAAGACCAUGUCAACAGUGCUGCUGCGAAUGUUGAAGAGGGAACCAAAAACUUGGGGAAGGCUGCAAAAUACAAGCUGGCAGCUCUGCCUGUGGCAGGUGCAGUCAUUGGUGGAGUAGUGGGGGGUCCCAUUGGUCUCCUUGCAGGCUUCAAAGUGGCAGGAAUUGCAGCUGCACUUGGCGGUGGGAUUUUGGGCUUCACAGGUGGAAAAUUGAUACAAAGAAAAAAACAAAAAAUGAUUGAGCAGGUCUCUUCCAGCUGUCCAGAGCUUUCUCACCAAAGUGCCAAAAAAUCCAGCUGAAGUAUCAAUUCAUUAUGGCCAGGAAGAAGCGUAGUAGCCGUGCUAAUGACAGACUUGCAGCCUUAUGCUUUAAAUACAAGGCUGAGUUGUGUGAAUUUUGAUGACAUUACUGUUCCUUGGGAGGGCUGAAACAGUCAUGUCAGAAUUUCUCUUUUCAGACAUGGUGACAUCAGUCCUUUGAAAAUUAUAUGGAUAACUUUUAAUUAUAAAAUUCUUAAGUGAGCUAUAUGCACAGCUGUAAUGAUGGGUGACUGGUGCUUCAUGCCAAAUUUGCACAAACCGUCUUGCAGACAAUAUAAAGAGAGAUACUUGGAAAACCCUAGUGCUUUCCCAUGAAUGCCAUGAGAAGCUGGAGCUUUUAUGGUAGUGCUCCAAAAAAAAGGAAAUAAAUGCCAUCAAUCUUU